GUGAUUUGGGGGGCGGGGGAUAUAAGAUCAAUCCAUAAUUCAAGCCAAUGCACUAGGACCCUGGGGAAGCUCAUAUGUGGUAUAUAGAUACAGUGGGAGAAAUUUCAUUUGUCAUCUUCUAAAACUUAAACAAGGAGGGGGGAAACAGCCCUCUCUCUGGCCGAGGGGCUUCUGAAAGUGCUCCGAAAAGAUCUUGGAGUCUCCACGUGACAGCAGCGCCUAUAUAGCAUCAGCACCAGAAGAGUGAUACUCCAUCACCAGCCGAGCACUGCAGCACAUGCCACAGUUACACACACAUCCUCAUGCACCUCAAUGGUUUAUUCUAGAGCUUUUGCAGACUAUUGCAUCCAUGUGUUUUCUCGCUCUGUCUAGGGGACGAAGGGACUAAACUUUUCCUGCGAGAGGGAUGCUGGAUGUUUCAAGUUUAAUUUGGCAGUCGGAAGGAACUUGAUGUAUAGGCAAAGUUUAUCUUUUUUGGACUGGACUCACGCUCCGUGCAUCUACUUUUAAGGGCACCCAUCGCGUCCCGUGCGCUUUUGGUUCAGUUCAACCGAAGUCCUUUUGAAUGAAAUAGUUCGCUCGCAAACACGUUGAUCCGUCAAGGUGUAUUUGUUACUCGAAGAACAUAAAGUUCAGAGCCUUUUCGCUCUACAGACAAUAACAAGGUACUUUUUAGUGUAUAAAAAGCGCGUUUCGCUCUCUAAAAUGAUAUUAACCGGUGGUGAAAAAUAAUGUUUUCUUUAACGUUACCUCUCUAAUGUGUGACACAACUGAGUCCGGACUCCUCAACUCCCCGCUUGUGUGGAAAAAUAUACAUAUUGAAACCUCAUAUACGGACCUUGAAGGCUCGCGGCGAGUACCUUUGACGCUUUCUACCGUGAGUCGGGACAAUCUUACAGCCGCCCAGAUGCAGUUUCGUCUGGUCUCAUUUGCGCUGAUCGUGUUGAACUGUGUGGACUACAGCCACUGUCAGACGCAGCAGUCUCACCGCUGGAGAAGAAACAAAAGAGCUAGCUAUGGAGCUUAUCCCAUCUGUAAAGGCUGCUCGGUGUGUUCCAAGGACAACGGGUGUAUGAACUGCCAACCCAAGCUCUUCCUGUUCCUGAGGAGGGAGAGGAUGAGGCAGUAUGGCGAGUGUCUCCAUGCCUGUCCGUCAGGCUACUAUGGCAUGCGUGGGACAGAGAUCAACAUGUGCUCCAGGUGUAGGAUAGACAACUGUGAGGCCUGCUUCAGCAAAGACUUCUGCACAAAGUGCAAGCCUGAUUUUUACUUGCACAAGGGCCAUUGCUUCGAAAAGUGUCCAGAGGGCUUUGCUCCUCUGGAGGACAGCAUGGAGUGUGGAGAGGGUUGUGAGGUGGGCCAGUGGAGUGAGUGGGGGACCUGCACCAGAAGAAACAAAACCUGUGGUUUUAAGUGGGGUCUGGAAACCCGAACACGGCAUAUUGUGAAGAAGCCACCAAAGGACACAAUACUAUGUCCAACCAUCGCCGAGUCCAGGAGAUGCAAAAUGGCUAUGCGACAUUGCAGGAGAGGGGGUUCGGGGAAGGGCCAACGGACCAAAGACCAGAAGAAGAAGCCUAACAAGCAGAGGCUGCGCUUCCGGGCUCAGAACCAACACAGUGACCACCUCGCCUCUCUUCGAGCCAGCCAGUAAAAAAAAAACAAAAAAAAAAAACAAAGACUUUUCGAUGGAACAAAGACCACAAAGCUGCUAACCCAUGCUCCACACACGCGCAUCCAAACAGGAUUAUUCACACUCAUGUGGUCACACUGUGUCUCUGUGCCUCCUGCUGCUUCCCUCAACGGUGACACGUCCCCCUGACCCACAACCCUACUGUGAUAUCAUGGAACACUAUACCAGCUGUUCAUAUAGCUCAUAUCUCGUCCUAUUUGAAGAGGAAGAAGAGAGAGACUGAGCUGGAAGCACAGAAAGCUUGGGCCUGGAGACCUGGAGGAGUAGAACGAACACAGAGUGGUGAAAGGAGCAGAAGGGAUUAGAAACGUGAUUGACUGUUAAUGAUGCCCUGAAAAACAAGAGAGAGACUCUUCCGUAUUUAUGUACAAUUUACACCAUCCCCUUCCCUAAAAAAAUCAAGGCAGAGUGUGUCAUGUAUUGCCUUUCUUGUCCAAUAGGUACUUUGUUUUUCAUUGCAAUGUUGCAAACCAUGCACAGUUGCGAAAUUAUUAUUCUCAGCACAAGAUGUUUACGUCCAGACCGCUUUAUGCUUUAACUGUAUAUUGUGGGUAAGAAUCUUAGUUGUUCAACUAGCAUGGCCACAACUCAUGUGUACAUAGUUGGUGAGUUUAUCUAAUAACGGUAACAUUGAUGCUAAAUAUAUAAAACAAUUACUGUAUUUUCAGUAUUGACACCUUCAGCGUUUAAAUGUGUAAAGGGUUAUAAUACCAGCUACAGUUAAAUGUAUUUAAAAAGAACACAAAGCUAAAUAAAAAGCAUAGCCUCCACAUAGCUAUUACAUUUAUAUGGUAUAUAAUUGAUUUAUUUAUUGAUCUUUUUUAUUAUUAUUAUUUUUAUUAUUUUUGUUUGGUGAAAAUUAUGUCUCUGUACCUGAUACUCCUCAGUGCUGAAGUAUUCUUUUAACCACUUAUAACAAUACAAAAUAUCUCCAACAGUGGAAACCGAUUGUGUCUGAUUUGCUGAUAAAUGUCCCACAGAAAUGCAUUGUGUAAACCUGGUUUAACAUCUUGUACUUUAUGCUGAUCACACAUCCCGCAGCAGCUGAAGUGUAUCGUCAACUGAUUGAUAAUGUGUAUAUUGUGUGCUAUUAAAACGCAGUUCAUGUUGCA